AUGGAAGACGGAGAUACCCUGGCUGGCCUUCGGGGCCUGUAUCAGGAUCUUUCUGCUCUUUCAGACUCGUCAUUUGUCAACAUUGAACGGCUUCGUGUUGAGUUGGAAGCUCACAUUGAGGAUUUCAAGAAACUCUUAGACAAACCCUCAAAGAACAACACAAGUCGGCAGGCUGUUCUCUCAGGGAAGAUUACCGUUGACGAUGUCGAAUAUUCAAUCAACCAAGACUUUCAACAAGGCGCACUACAACUUGCGGAUGCUCUCAACAUUGAUGAACUGGAGGCAGCUGUUUUAUUCUUUGCGGCGCAGGAAGAAGCUCAAAUACUGGAUAGACCUCCGCUGAUCGCGGCAAUUAUGCGCUUUCAUGAGCGGCGGCACUUCCUUCUUGAAUGCUUACGUCUGAUUCUUCAAGAAUCGUUUGAGGUUGAGCGGGAAGUGACGCAAGCUCUCAUGCAAGACAUGGUGGCAUUCGUCGUGGAGAUCAAAACUGGACCCCUACGGAAUGCAUCGCUUUUUGCGCGGAAGUGCAUGAAGUCUAUGGAGGAUAUCGAGGGAUGGCUGCUGCUCCUUGGGGAGCAGAUUCAAAAGGCAUCCAUUGUCGGCCAGGUGGAGGAUCGCGAUGUUAUGGAAGCCAUUGAAUACCAACGCAGCAGCCUGCAGCAACAACACGAGUCAUUAGGCGCAAUUCUAUGCUAUUUCUUCAAAGGACCUUAUACCAGUCCUGAGGACCUUCGGGUGCUCCUGAAUCGCUUAAGGAAGCUUGAAAGAUUUGAUGGACUGCUGCUUCACUACAUCCCUGCUAUGAUAUCGUCGUUUGUUCAGCACGGCUCACCAGAACGUUCGAAUUCAUACAAAGAGGCUAGGAGCCUGCACAUGGCGGUCACUUCUACCAAAGAUGGCCAAACUUGGACGAUCCCGACGUUUCACGCAGCUGUCAUCGCGCUUUGGCUUGCAGUUUACAGUGGCUGGGAUAUCGAUGGGCCGACCUCUCCUGUCCAAGGGGUCGACUUCGAAAAAGAAGCAGAGGAGCGCACUCAAAUGUUCAUGACGGCACUGGACGAUGGAGGACUCGAUUUCUUACUUGCUAUUUGCUCAGGUGUGAACAACGAAGAAUGGGGUGAUCCGGCUCGCCGCGAAUUAGUGGCGCUACUGUUGAAAGAGAGCGCAUUCGCGAAAUUGGAAUCCGAACCCUGUGCUGGAUUUCUAAAGACACUACUGAUGGAGAAUCUGGAGGUCUUUGUGGAGUCUUGCAUUGCCAACAUGCCAGAUGCAGUUCGAAAGCUGAAAUCCGAGGAGGAUAUGCAACGCUUGGAUCAGAUUACUGCCCUGAGGGAUGGUUUGUCGUCCAGCCUCCAUCGUGGCCUGGUCGAAGCUCGCACUCAUCUCGAGUCUUUCCUCAUGAUCAUAGCAUUCGCCUUCGAAAGCCGGCCAGACGCAGCUCAGGAGUUCUGGGCAGACCCGGACGGCAAUUUGUAUGGCUUCCUUCAGUGGGCUUCCAAGAGACAAACCGUUCCAAGAGUGAGCGCCUUUUGCGAGUUGCUGUGUUCUAUUUCUGGUGGAGAGGAGAAUGCCGCUGCUGCACAUCGGUUUCUAACCGAGGAGGACAAAUUUUUGUCGUCCAAGUUCAAGCGAUCCACUUCCAUGAAUUGGUCCCAGAUGUUUGCUGAACUCCAAUUGUACGCGACGAGAGUUACUGAGAAGCCUAGUGCUUCCCAAGCAGUCCUGAGGGCUCGAAAAUCUGAACCAGCAGACAUGAGCGAGCCAGAAAGCCCUGUCAUGCUGACGUGCUAUCUGCGACUAAUGGGUCAUUUAUGCAAGCAGAGCGGCUCCAUAAGGGAGUGGAUGCUUCAGCACCCAUCUUUCAGCAUUGUUAGCACCUUGUUGACCUUGUGCAGCGGCCCCAUACCCACCCACCUGAGGGCCACUGUUUUCACUACUCUUGCAGCUUUAAUGACGGAUAGAACGUCCCACAAUGGCAACGAGAUGUGGCUCUCUCUCGAUCAAUGGAUUUCCGGGGGCGCCAUGAGUGGCCCCGGCCUUGGUAAAGUACCCAUAGUCUCAAAUCCAUUGGUAUGGCACGAGCAGCAGGCUUUCCAGAAGAUCGGCGAGAGUUUUGAUCAGGCCAAUGCCUUUGUGGUCUUAAUUUGCUCGCUUAUUUCCCCUACCUCUGACUCGGCAGAGUACCAUCUGUCCCUGCCCUUCCCCGAAUCUCUAGGAUCCUCCUAUCGCAUGCCAGGUAUCGAGCCGUACAUCGAUUUUGUCAUGGGUCAGGCCCUCUCGAGGAAAGUUCCAGAUCUAGGCGAGCGCCAAACUCGCCUUCUGACCUACAACUGCUUGAAUUUCGUCAUCACGUGCCUGAGAUCGUUCAACGAGAAUAUCGUAACUGUUCUCAGCCAACCCGCAGUCAGCUCCGAUUCUACCCUAAAAACAUCAUCCUUGACUACCUAUAUCCGUCUUCACCCGUUUGCGCGUGUGGCUGAGUGGCUAUUUAAUGAAGACGUUAUCAAGGCGAUCUUCGCAACAGCUCAACAAGACGCCAGCGAGGUUGCCAACGCCGCGUCUGACUCUAUAAUUGUUCAGUGCCUGGUCAAAAGCCUCGAAGUCAUGGACCUGAUAUUGGAUCUGCAAUCGACCUACUUCCAUAUCGUCCGGCCGUCCAUCAAGUCUCAGGCAGGUGGAAGCAGAAUUAACGUCGCUAAUUCGUCGCUUUCAUCCUUCGAGGAUAGCGUCCUCAACAACUUAACGAUCAUACCUGCUCUGAGCCUUUAUUGCGGCGCGGGUCACGAGCAACUCACCGUUACCUCAAUGGCACUUCUGGAGAAAAUGUCAAGCUCUGGGAAGUUGAACAAGUUGUCCUCACCAGAAAUAUCGAAGUGGCAAUCCUCAAACAAAAUAGUCGAAGUUCUGAGCACAGAAGUGGACGUUGACAGUGUUUCACGACCGCUGGUGUCUCAGAUGCAACCUGAAUUGAGGGAGUUGGAACUUGGUGCACGGUCCCCAGGCUAUAUUAUUAGGGAAAGCCUUUUGGCACUCCUAAAUAGCUGUCUCAGCAUGAUCACGGAUCGGCCGACCAUUGCUCAUCUUCUCCUCGGGUUCAGUAGCGUGGGAACCAUGCUGGAUAUUUCUCCGAACGGUCUGUUCUCGAACCGAAUGUCCUUGCUACAUGCUAUCAUUGGGUUCUUGCAAAGCUACCCCGAUGCGAUGGAAGGGAACAUUCUUCCUUGGAUGGUACAUCUACGGCGUAUGGCCUUUGAAGUUCUCAAACAUCUAUGGUCCUCCAAGAUCGCGUCCGCGUUCACUCUGUUUGAGAUGCGUUCCAGCCGCUUUCUACUAAGCAUGUUUGCCAGCCAGCCUAUAAUCGGACCAGACACUCCUUUUGAUGGGUUAUCUGUCAUGGACGAAGAAUUCUGGAUCUCUGAGUCCACAUCAGCUCUUGCUGAGUUCUUACUUUUUAGAAGUUACUUGUAUGCCUACGCGGCGACCGAAAUCCGCUCGGCCGCCAAGCUUGGCUCGCAGACACUUCAGACAGAGGUCCUUUCAACGUUGCUUGGGAACUCAACCACGGAGACCGGGGAGACAAUCCUCAAUCCCACAGUCUUUGAUCUCUUUGAUUUUGCUGACCUGGAUCUCAGCCACAGAAUUCCAGCGCCCAGAUUAAUCUUCCUUGAUGGAAUUGGCUUUGAUGUGUGUGCGAAAUCGCAAGCAGACGAGGCGCUUGUUCUGUACAAUCUAGCGGAGGUCGCAGAGCUCAUCCAAGUCAGAAAGGAAGAGUUGCUGUCGAGUGGGCAGUUGCGACCUCAGGAUGAAGAGCAAUUCUCGGCCGAAGCUGAAGGCCUAACAUUAUUCAUUCGUGCGACAAAUCAAGCAAGGCAAAUUGCGUUUAACCGUUACCUGGCGCUUCGAUCAUGGACAGAGCUCAUCACAACGAUGCUGGCUUGUUCAGAGAUUGAGGGUGGCCGAAAACCAACGUUUAUCUUGCAUUCAAUCCAGUUGGUCCUCCCUAAACUUGAAGCAGCCAUCGAGGAGGACCUACCGGAGGCAAUCGAGCUUGCACGACUCGCCGAGACUCUUAUCGGGGGGUUCGAAUCUACGUCCACGAGUACAGACGGUGCACGGCGAAGUGGGGAUAUCAUAGACGAAAAACUGCACCAGCUGUUCCAGAUCUGCAUUAGAGGCAUUUUCCUGGCAAGUGGAAAUGUUCAGUUGCGUGAGACAUUUUACAACAUUGGUUCCCAGUACAUCAGUCGUAUCGCCUCCGCCGAUACAGUGAAUCAGAAUCUGAGGCACCACAGUCAGCAAGUGAUAAAGACAGCGGGCUCGAACCUGAUUGAGACUACCUGUGACGACGCAUACGCCGGGCAAGAAGCAUGCCGGGUGUCGGCUCUGCUCUUCCUCAAUCUGCUGGCCUCUCUGGAUCGAGAAACAGACUCAACUCUGGCGGAGUUGAUCUCACAAUCGAACUAUCUCAGUCUUUUCUUGGACGCCAUCAGAGCGCUACCUCUCGAACUGAAGAACACUCAAGCAAAUGAUACGCCAGCAUUGUUGUCAUAUUACGAGUCGCUGCUAUCUUUACUUCAACGGCUCUGCCAAACCAAGAAUGGCGCUACUCAAGUUCUGAAAACAGGCCUCUUUCAGGCGGUUCGCGAGUCAAGGCUAUUUGCUGCUGAUCCGGAUCUGGGCAUUGAUAUUGACAACCCUGAUGCUCUUCGGAAAUAUUAUGAUCUUCUUGGCUCGGUACUCCGAGUUAUUAUCUCAGCUGUCUUCUCUCGGGGUCUUCAUAAUGAGCAAAUCAUGGAGCAAACGCGAGCUUUCCUGGCAGAAAACAGACAGAGCAUGGUCGGCAUCUUCAAGCGAUUUGCCAAGAUCGGUGGAGUAGGUACUGCUGAUCAUCACGGCGCGCUGAGUGAUUUGGCCAAGUGCUACAUGACGCUCAUCAGUGCCACCAACUUCCUAGAGUACGAGGACGAGGAAGUGAAGGAGCGAACUCGCCCGACAUUAUUCUCCUAG